UACAAAUUGGAAUCUAGUAACAUCUGGAUUUUAAUCCUUGGAAGUAUCAAGAGCAACCCCAGCAAACUGAAAGUGAAAGAUGUUUCACACACUAGUUCACCUUCAAUUUCAGACACUGUAAAAUGGCAACCAUUUCCUACUCUUUUUCCACUCCUAAGCUCUCAACGCUCCACUAUUCCAGGAAUUUCAAGACCAACAGCUGUCUUUCUCUCAAUCAACCUAGUGCAAAAACCACCAAUGCCUCAGCAGCGGCAGCCGCCUCAGAAACUCUCAAAGUUGCAUUCGCCGCCGGUGGGACCGGAGGCCACAUAUCCCCCGCUGUGGCAAUUGCAGAUGAGCUUAAAAACCAAAACCCUGACAUCCAAAUCCUCUUCAUAGGCACCCCAACCGGGAUGGAAAGCGCCGCCGUCCCCUUCGCCGGCUACCCAUUUGUCGCCAUCCCGGCAGCCCCUUUAGCCCGCCCUUUAAUCUCUGUUCACAACAUCUUCAUCCUUCCUUUCCUUCUGACAAAAUCCCUCGUCAAAAGCUUCCAAACCCUUCAAGAGUUCAGCCCACAAAUAGUAAUCGGCACUGGUGGCUAUGUUUCUUUCCCCAUUUGCCUUGCUGCAGCAAUGAAAGGUUUAAAAUUGGUAAUACAAGAGCAAAAUUCAGUUCCUGGAAUUGCAAAUUGGGUGCUUUCUUUAUUUGCUGAGAGAGUUUUUGUAGCAUUUAAUUCUAGUGUGGACUGUUUUUGGCAAAGGAAUAAGUGUAUAGUCUGUGGGAAUCCAGUGAGGUUUUCUUUGAGCAAGAAUGUGGUGAAGGCUGAUGCAAGAAAGCAUUUUUUCCCUAAGGCAGUUGAGGGUAUAGGGAAGGGACAAGGGAAGGUAGUUUUGGUUCUUGGAGGAUCUUUGGGUGCCAGUGCGAUCAAUAUUGCAUUGUUGAAUUCUUAUUAUGAGAUGUUGAAUCAGCGUGAGGAUUUAUUCAUCAUUUGGCAAACUGGGGUGGAAUCAUUUGAUGAAAUGGAAAGUCUUGUCAAGAACCAUCCUAGACUGAUUCUGAAGUCGUUCUUGCAUUCUAUGGAUUUGGCAUAUGCUGCAGCAGACCUAAUCAUAUCAAGGGCUGGGGCAAUGACUUGUUCUGAGAUUUUGGCAACCGGAAAACCUUGUAUUCUGAUACCAUCACCCAACGUUGAUGAAGGGCAUCAGCUUAAAAAUGCAUUUUUGAUGGCUGAUUUAGCUGGUUCAAGAGUUAUAACAGAAGAUGAACUUGACUCAACAACCCUCAGAACUGCAGUUGAAGAAAUUCUAGGUAUAAUCAGUUUACCACCCUGUAAGAUCCUUGCUACAGUAGUUCAGAAGAAAAAAUACAAUGAGAGCUUGAUGGUAGAGAUGUCUCAGAGGGCUCUCCAGGCUGCAAAGCCAAAUGCCUCCAUUGAAAUUGCUCAAUACAUUCUUUCUGUUGUCAGUUCAUCAAAGUGAACAAAAUGAAGGUGAAUCUGUGAAGGAUGUGAAACUUAAUGUUCAACAGUUCUGACAGAAUCAAGGUGUGUCAACUUCAGAGACUGCCAUUCUUUUGACCAUUUAAAGUGAUUAAGGAUUCUUGAACCAAUCAGAUAGGUAUCUCACUGGAGGUCAGAAGAUUUGUCCCGAAGACUGAUCUGCAAGUCUAAGUUUUGAGAUGGUUGUUGAGUAUUCCUGUUCGGUGAGACUCCUUGCUGUUGCUGGGCUCAAUCUACCAAUUUAGACACAUUAGCAAAAUUGUGGAUCUUGCUUUGAUGUUUUUCUUUUUCUUACCACGAUGAGAGAUACGUAUACAGGAAGAAUUUAUUAAUCAUUUCAACUGAUUCGUUUCUUAUCA